AUGUCCAUCCAAUAUUGUAUCGACAGAUGCCUCGCAGCUAUUCUACGAGGCAUUGUCCUUGUUCUCGGCUACGUUGUUCGUGGGGGUAUUAACCCCCAUCCUGACGAAAUACGUCAUAUUCCAUCCCGCGAUGCUGGACGAAGCAUUAAAGUUCACAUCUACCGCACACCAUCCUCAAAUUCAACCCCAUCACCAGUCUUGAUCAACUUCCAUGGUAGUGGAUUUUUACUUCCUCAGCAUGGCGAAGACGACGAUUACUGCCGUCACAUAGCCAACGAAACGAACACGGGCAGGAAAUACACUGUUCUCGAUGUUCCAUAUCGGCUGGCGCCCGAGCACCCUUUCCCCGCCGCAUUGAACGAUGUGCAGGAUGCAAUCAACUAUGUCCUCGGGCGUCCGGAUGAGUUCGACCUCGCGCGUGUCUCUCUUUCUGGAUUCAGUGCAGGUGCAAACCUCGUUCUGGCCGCUUCGGCCAAUCUGUUUCCCGAAGAGACUUUUCGGUCGCUGAUCGCUUUUUACCCCGUGACUGAUCUGAGUCCCGGUACAGGUAACAAGGUUGCUCCUAAUGCACAGGAGAAAAAGAAGAUUCCUCCAUUUAUUGCUAGCUUGUUUAAUCGUUGCUACAUCCCUGUGGGUGUUGAUCAUCGUGACCCGCGCAUUUCCCCUCGCUUUGCGCAGGUGGAACGGUUCCCGCGACGGGUUCUUAUGAUCACGGCUGAUGGGGAUACUCUUGCGCCUGAGGGGGAGGAAUUAGCAGCGCAGCUAUCGAAGUUAGAGGGUCGGCAUGUGGUCUGUCGGCGCAUGGUUGGUUGUGCUCAUGGGUGGGACAAGUCCACGAGGUCGAGUUCCCCGCAGCAUGAGGUUGAAGCCAAAGAGCAGGCUUAUCGGUUGGCAGUGGAGAUGUUGAACGAGUCUUGA